AUGGUUUACGGAGGUGUUGGUCAGACUUUGAACGUCAAAAAGUUGCCUGAGGGUAUUAAGAUGGCAUCUCAAAAAGAAGAGUUCACGAAAGAAGUCUCCCCAAAUAUCAACAACGGCAGGAUCUUCGGCUGCCAACUGUCAUCACUCAGCAACUUUGACUCCGGCGAAGGACCAAGCGUCGAAGUAACCUUCGCGCUCGCCGGCCAAGUCAUGAUAGACUCGGGUGAAACAAUCACCAUCGCCCAAACCGGCUCCGUCACAGUAGCAACACCAGAAUGGGCCGGAUUCUGGGCCGUCCCACCCUACCAUAACCCUGACCAAGUUCUCGUCUCUUACAACCUAGCUGGUGGCAACUCGCUAGUAUGCCAGAACACAGUGCCCAAGUCUCUGCAGACGAAGAAUCUCAGCGUGGAGUUUGUGGUGGUGCAAGAUACGAAGCAGCUUGCGAUGCGUGUUAGCACGGAUCCAAAUUUUGUUAUGGAUGUGGUUAAUGUUGCUUUAUUUGCGAUUCAGAAGGGUCAUGAGAUGGCUUAUUCUUGGGUUUUCGGUGCUAUUGGGGGAGCGCCGGCUGCUUUGUCGCUUGUUGCUGGGGGUUUGGGUACGGAAGUGCCGAAGUGGUUGGAGGAUCUUGUUAAGAAGUGA